UUUGCUUUCCCCUCUCAAAGAGCCGCCAUUCUUUGAUGAUUGGGCAGCGGCAAACUUCAAAGUAAUAAAUCUUAUUUCUGACUGGCUGGCGGCCCACCAAAGUCCUUAUCAAAUUCUAAGAAGUGAUCCCUCACUCUUCAGAUAGACUGAGGAUAUAUCGGAGAGAGGAGGUACAGGAGAGUGAAGACCUGCCCCGACAAGAACCAAUUUUUCUUUCUUUUUUUUUCUUUUUUUGCCACAUUUGGUCAAAAUUAGCGCGUUUAUUUCUUAUUAGUUUGCAUCGGGUGGAGGAGGACGCGCACCAUGGCAGCGGUGGCUGUUCUGCGGAAUGAAACACUGCAAGCUUUCCUCCAGGAUCGCACUCCAAACUCCUCUCCAGAGAACUGUAAGCACUCUCCGUUGGCGCUCCUGGCCGCAACCUGUAACCGGAUAGGACACCACCACGGAUCCAACCACGCUGAUUUCCUCCAAGUUCCUUACGAUCCCACUCUGGGCUCGCCUUCGCGUUUAUUUCACCCGUGGACUAACGAAGGGAGCCCCCAGAGCAGCUCAACUUUCGGACUAUCCUCCAAGCCUCAGCUCUCUGCGCACAUCCAGAGCUCCUUUAGCUCCCAUCACGAACUGCCCCUCACCCCUCCGGCGGAUCCCUCUUACCCCUAUGACUUCUCCCCAGUUAAGAUGUUACCUUGCUCCAUGCAGUCCCUUCAGUCCACCUGCCCCCCCACAUACGUCCCUGCCGUCAGCUACGCAGCUCCGGCGCCCAUCCCGCCCCAGAUGCCGGGUUUCGUGACGGGACCGUCCGGCCUGGUUCACCAGCCGCAGAGACAGUUAUCUCCAAACCCCGGGGAGGACAUCCCGUGGUGGAGCCUGCAACAAGGCAACCACGUCAGCCACUCUUCCUCUCUUGGUCCCCACCGCUUCCAGCUGCAGAGAGGUUUGGUGCUCGGGCACACGGACUUUGCGCAAUACCAGACGCAAAUCGCCGCCUUGCUGCACACCAAAUCCCCCCUCGCCACGGCGCGGAGGUGCAGGCGGUGCAGGUGUCCUAACUGUCAGUCCUCCACCUCCAGCGACGAGCCCGGCAAGAAGAAGCAGCACAUCUGUCACAUACCGGGCUGCGGGAAGGUGUACGGAAAAACGUCUCACCUUAAGGCGCACCUGAGGUGGCACUCCGGGGAGCGGCCGUUCGUGUGCAACUGGCUGUUCUGCGGCAAGAGCUUCACCAGGUCGGACGAGCUGCAGAGACACCUGAGGACUCACACGGGAGAAAAGCGCUUUGUGUGUCCGGACUGCUGCAAGAGGUUCAUGAGGAGCGACCACCUUGCCAAACACGUCAAAACGCAUCAGAAUAAGAGGAGCAAGUGCCACGAGAAGACACUUGAUCAUGUCAAGAGAGAGGACACCAGGAGUAUGUUGUAACACUGAUCACUUUGCCCAAUUUCGUACCCAGGCUUUGCCAUUUCGUACCUACAUACUGUAGAGCUGAUCAUCUGCUUAAAAGUUCCUUGACAUUUAUUUUUUUUCUUUAUUAGAAAUUGCA